AUGCACAGCCAACACUCAGUUGUAUCAAGGCGAGACCCUCAUACGCCACAAGAUCAGCAUCCCGCACAGCAACACAUGCAAAACGAACAGUUGCCACAGCUACCCACAUAUCCUGCUUCAGAAGCGCAACAGUUGAAGCAGAACCCACAACUUUAUCCGUACCCAAACCAGUAUUCUCAGUCCUCCUGCGGACAGACACAGCAGCUACUGGGGCUGCUAAACUACGCGCCUUUUGGACACCCGCAUGACGCUAAAACCCCUGUAUCGCAAAAUUCAGUGCAUAUGCCAGUGCAAGUACAGCACGAAUCACAGUCACAACAUCACCCGACGGCACAAAACGGCAAGGAGAACGUCCCACAUGAUGAAUGGCAUCUGUUGCUGGGUGUCGUGCCGACCGACCACGUAAGCAUAUUGUACUGGAGCCGAACUGUAAACGACUGGGUGGAUAAAAAGCUCGAGAAGUGCCGAGUCGGUCAGCUAGAACAGGGAUUCCAUAUAUCCCUCGCCGCUAUCAGCUUUAUGCGAUACAGAGCAGAUCCAACGCAAUCCGAAGAGUUCUUUGAAAAGCUCGAAAGAAUGCAAGGUGAAGGGGAUAUAGCGACAAUCGCGCAAGACCACCGCCACAAAGCUCCUGCCCUGAAUGCACGCGCAGCUACAUAUACCCCCACGCCUGAAAAGAAAAGGAAGAAUGAGGACGCUACAUUGGUACUUAAGUCUCAAGACAAAGUCUUCGUUGCAACAGCCCCAAUUUUUAGGCCUUCAGUCCAGCGUCACACCCAGGACGUGCCCCCGAAGCAGACUGCCCAAACUACGCAUUGCAAGUCAGAGGUUGAGCCGCCGUAUUGCCAUUUCAUCCCAUCAUACGCAACAAAGGAACUACUGCUUGUUAGCAAGUACUCAAGCCGAUUAGACAGCGGUCAACCUCCACCUCCACCCCCGGCCGCUACGCCCCGACAAGUUCUAUCCCGCGAACUUCACAUAGGAGAUGAAGUUCCCAGAGACAACACUCACCGACCGAAGGGUCCUCCUUUCAAGACAUAUCCCAAGCCCGCGGACCUUCAAAGCAAGUUGCGACUAGCGCUCGAAAGCAGCGAUUCGUUUGACCAUCUGCGAAAGAUGUGGUUUGAGCGAGCUCGAGGCCAAGACAGCAAGGAUGACAAAGCUACACGUUCACCAGACAGAAAGGACGAGGUGGCUAAAUAG